AUUCAGCACCGCUGGUCCGCCUUCCCCAUCCCCAUCCCCCGCCACCGGCGGCGGCCGUUAUUCAGCACCGCCUUCCUCCGGCGACCGCCGCGCCGCCGUUCCCUGGUCUAGGUUCUCGCCUCUUAGCAACCAGAGCGCGCGCCUAAAUGAAUGCGGUGGCGGAGGAGGACAGGGCGGCGGAGCUGGCCGGCCCGCUCCGGGACCUCCUCCCGCCUGUGGACUUCUGCUGCGCGUACGGCUCCACGCUCCUUCACGCACGCCCCGACGGGACGUCCAUGGUCGAUUACAUCAUCGGCGUCGCUGACCCCCUCCAGUGGCACUCCGAGAACCUGGAAAGGAACCCCGCGCACUACUCCCGCUGGAUGGCCGGCUUCGGUGCAGGCGCCAUCACUGGACUGGCGGAUCAUGUUGGGGUCGGGGUGUACUUCAACCCAUUUGUGGAAUGGAGAGACAAGAGGAUAAAAUAUGGGGUGGUAAGGAUGAGGGACCUGGCAAUGGAUGUCUUGACCUGGGACAGGUUCUACCUCAGUGGUCGGCUGCAGAAACCGGUCCAUGUUCUUGUUGACAACUGGGAUAUAAGGAAGGUCAACUCAAUUAACCUAGAAAUGGCAACUUCAGCUUCUCUACUCCUUUUACCAGCGGAGUUCACGGAGUACGACCUAUAUGCUCAAAUCUGCAGUCUAUCAUAUAUGGGUGAUUUGAGAAUGCUGUUUGCGGAAGACAAAGAUAAGGUGAAGAAGAUUGUUGAGGGUAGUUUUCAGUCGUUCCAAUUGAUGUACAGCCCCCUCUUGCAAGAGUAUAUUGCUGAAGGCCUAUUGAAGACAUCAUCCCAUGGACAAUAUAAAACUUUCCGGCAGGAUUGCGGUCCAUGUACAACAAAUGAACUGUUCUCUGUUCUUCCGUGGACGAUCCAAAGCCAAAUGCAAGGAAGGCACACAUUGCACGGAAAAGAAGUACCACCACGCACCGUAGUUUCUUCCAAGGAGAUGGCAGCAAACUGUGUCCGGAGGGCCCUGAGGCACCGAGUAAUGGUUUCAAGCGUGCGGCAAGCAGUGUGUGGUCUGCUCGCCUCUGGCGGUGCAGUUGCUGCUCAAUACCUCGGGAAGAAGAUGGCGAAGGCUUGGCGAUCUAGAGUGCCUUAAGCCAAUGCUGCCCCCCCCCACCCCACACACCAACACCCCAAUGGUGUACGCUAGGCUUUUGCCAGUUCUGGGUUUCAUGCAGUGUAUGGCAAUCAGUAUCGUAUGUUUUUCACCGCUGAAAGCCUGAUACCGGCUGAAAUUUUGUAGGACC